AAGAAGAAGAAACAGCAGCAGUAGCAGAAGAAGAAGGCCGGCUGACCGGAGUCUUUCAUUCACGCAAAUCCCUUCAAAAACAUCUCGAUUCUUCAUCCAGCGGACAGUUUGUGAGGCUCUGUAGCCAUGGUGAAAAUCUUUGUGGGGAAUCUUCCCCGGGAAGCUGACGAGGAGGAAAUCAAGGCUCUGUUCACCCAGUACGGCACGGUCACAGAAUGUGCCAUCAUCAAGAACUACGCCUUCGUCCACAUGGACGACCGCAAAGACGCCACCAAGGCCAUCAAGAACCUGCACCUCUUCAAGCUCCACGGCACGCAGAUCAACGUGGAGGCCAGCCACGGGAAGAACCAGGGCUCGGUCAAGCUGCACGUGGCCAACGUGGAGAAGGGAGCGGACGACGAGCUGCGAGCGCUGUUCGAGGAGUACGGCACGGUCACGGAGUGCGCCGUCGUCAAGAACUUCGCCUUCAUACACAUGUCCAACUCCGACGAGGCCAUGGACGCCAUCAAGGGGCUCGACAACAGCGAGUUUCAAGGGAAACGGAUCCACGUGCAGAUUUCCAAGAGCCGGCCCCGACAUGAGGAACGGGAAGAGUACCCCCCUCCUCCGCCCGACCGGCCCGGCUACUGGCCCCCGCACUACCCGGGGGAGAGACCCGAGCCUCCGCCGCCCGGCUACCUGAGGGGCCGCAUGGGCCACAUGCCCCCCGGCUACCCCGCUCCUCCUCUGCCACCCCCUCCCCCUAGGCGCUCUGUUUACCCCGACCGCCCCUACGAGGGCGAGAGGGACCGCUACGGCGUGGUAGAUUACUACGAGAAGUACCGAGCCCGUCCGUACGGCAUGCCCUCCUACGAGGACCAGCGUGUCGGCGCCCCUCCCCCGCCGCCGCCUCCGUCAGCCGUCGUCCGAGACCGUCUCAUGAACUCGUCGCUCGACCCGUAUGAGCGUCGGCCACUGCCCCCCCCUCCUCCGUCCUCGUACUACGGCCGAGAUCGCAGCCCUCUGCGGAGGGCCGGCGCCCCGAUGCCCCCCGCCAGUAACGGCUACUCCUACGAGCGCUCCCGACUCUCCCCGGUAUCCCGGGUCCCUGCAUACGGAGUUCCACGCGCAAGGGACCCCUACGAACGGCUGCCCCCGCCACCGCCUGCACGCUACGCUUAUUGAGCGAGGCCUCAGCAUGUGAAGGAUCGUCGUCCCGCUGCGUCGCCGCCCGCCGCCUCCUGAUGUGCGUGGCGCUAUCCUCUCCCUGUGUGCGGCUCAGCGCGUUAACGUUCCCCUGCGACGCUCACAGGACGAAGCGAGUUGCCGACGCCUCCGUCUGUUUUUUGCUUUUGUUACUUUGGGACAGUUUUUACUCGCAUCCUUUUUCCUCUCCUGAGUGUCUUUAGUCUGUAAUUGUGCUGUAGUGCAAAUUAAGCGUUUUUGUUUUUUA